AUGGCUGACCUGAGUACUUGCCCGCCACUGACGCGCGCGUCCGUCGUCGAGGCCCACAACCUCAUCCGUCCCUUUGUCCACCGCACGCCCGUCUUGACCAACCGCACGAUUGACGGCAUCGUGUCGACGCCGCGCACCGCCGAGGAGCUGCAGGGCACGCCGUGGGAGGGCGCGACGCCGGCCCGCCCAACGCUGCGCAUCUGGUUCAAGUGCGAGAACAUGCAACGCGUCGGCGCCUUCAAGGCCCGCGGCGCGUUCCAUGCGGUCGAGCGGCUCAAGCGGGAGCCCGGGUGGGAGGCGGGCGGCGGGUUCGCCAAGGGCGUGGCGACGCACAGCUCGGGCAACCACGCCCAGGCGCUGGCGCUGGCGGCGCGCACGGCGGGGCUGCCGGCACACAUUGUGAUGCCCGCGAUCUCGGCCGCCCCCAAGGUGGCGGCCACGCGGGGGUACGGGGCCCGUGUCGUGUUUAGCGGGUCCACGGCCGCCGAGCGCGAGGCCGUGGCGGCGGAGGUGAUGGCCGCGACGGGCGCGCGGCUGGUGCCGCCGUACGACCACCCGGACAUUAUCCUGGGACAGGGCACGGCCGGGCUGGAGCUGCAGGAGCAGGUGGCGGCGGCGAAAGCGCAGACGACCGCGGCCUCGGGCACGGGCGCAGGGCCCACGGCCCUGCUGUACGCGUCCGCCACGGCCCCACAACGAACCACCGCCCCCGGCGGCGGCCUGGACGCCAUCAUGACCCCAUGCGGCGGCGGCGGCCUGCUGGCGGGCACAGUGCUGUCGGCCCAGGGCACGGGCAUCCGGGUGUUUGGCGCGGAGCCGUCGCUGGAUGGCGCGGACGACUGUGCGCGGGGAUUGGCGCAGGGGAAGCGGAUCGAGGCCGUCCAGUCGCUGACGAUUGCCGACGGACUGCGGACGCCGGUGGGCGUGCACAACUGGGCCGUGCUGACGGGCGACACGCCCGAGAGCCAGGGCCAGGGGGUGCACGGCGUGUACGCGGUGGGCGAGGACCAAAUCCGGGCGGCGCUGCGGCUGCUGCUGGAGCGGCUCAAGAUUGUUGUGGAGCCGAGCUCGGCGGUGCCGCUGGCGGUGGUGUUGUACAAUGAAGAGUUCAGGCGGCGGGUCGAGACCGACGCGGGCGCGGACGGCUGGGAUCUGGGGAUUGUGUUGAGCGGGGGCAAUGUCAGUCUUGAGGGCUUUGCCAAGUUGUUUCCCGAGGCGUAA